UCCAAAGUUCGAUUAUCUCGCCAUUCCGCUAACAAAUCGAAGUCUACAUUUUAGUAUUCCGCGGCGUACAUAGAUGGUGCACAAUGCAACCAGGAAAAACAUUACACAUGUUAAUAAAUCGCCUAGACAAAAAUUUGUCAUUUCGCCGGGUUUCCUUGUCAGUUUCGGUAGUUUCUACAGUGAUUAACAAAUUUUCAACCAUGGCAUACUCUGUUAUUGAACGGGGGUCUCCUUACUCAGCUGAUUACAGAGUUUACCUACAAACCCAAAAUGGACCAAUAUCCCCUUUACAUGACAUCCCUUUGGUUGUUGAUGCAGACAAGAAAAUCUUUAACAUGAUUGUUGAGGUACCCAGAUGGACCAACGCAAAAAUGGAAAUUUCCCUCAAAGAAUAUCUGAACCCUAUUAAACAAGAUGUUAAAAAAGGCAAACCACGAUUUGUGGCAAAUUGUUUUCCACAUCAUGGUUACAUAUGGAACUAUGGUGCCUUACCUCAAACCUGGGAAAACCCGGAACAUUUAGAUGAUGCAACAGGAUGUAAGGGAGACAAUGAUCCAAUCGAUGUUCUUGAAAUUGGGUAUAGGAUAGCUAAAAGAGGUGAAGUUAUCCCUGUUAAAAUAUUGGGAACCCUUGCUCUUAUUGAUGAAGGCGAAACAGACUGGAAAUUAGUUGCAAUCGAUGUGAACGAUCCAGCAGCUGAUUCCGUGAACGACAUUGCCGACGUAGAAAAACUGUUUCCUGGUUUAUUAAAAGCCUCUGUCGAAUGGUUCAAAAUAUACAAAAUACCAGAUGGCAAACCUGAAAAUCAGUUCGCAUUCAACGGUGAAGCAAAAUCUGCCUCUUUUGCGCAUAAAAUUGUUGAUGAGGUACAUAAAUUUUGGAAAUUGCUUAUCAAUAAAGAAGCUGAUGCCAACGGAAUAUCUUGUUCAAAUACCACUCUAGAUGGAAAUCCAUUCAAAAUACCUACAAUCGAAGCGAAAAAUAUUAUUAACAAAACACCUGAAUAUUCUGACCCUCAGCCUCUAGACCCAAUUGUUGACAAAUGGCACUAUAUCAAUCUGAAGUAAAUAGAAGCAAACUAAGGAUAUAAAAACCACAGUUGCAUUUGCAGGGAGCAAGCACUAAUGUACACAGAUAGUUGUGAUGUAAAAUAUACACCUUGUUGUAAUAAUAAUUUAAUGUGCAUUUUCUAAGUUAUAAAAUAAAUCUGUUAAAUACAAUAAAAAUAUAAAAA